AUGACAAGUGGGGCACUAGUGUCCGGUCGCAUAACAGGAGGAAGUGAUGCGAACUACGCAGAUUUUCCGUACCAACUUUCGUUGCGCAAGUAUAACAACCACAUAUGCGGUGCAGCAGUAGUAAAGGAUCAGCUCGCUGUAACUGCAGCGCAUUGUGUCGCAGAUGCUGAUAUCGAUUCGUUUACCCUGACUGGUGGAAGCUCCAAUCGUUCGGAAGGCGUUACGUAUUAUGUAGAAAACAUCAUUAUACACCCGAUGUUUAAUCGAAAUAUUUAUAGCUAUGAUAUCGCAUUGAUCCGAGUUAAUGAAUCAUUCCUCGAAAAUGAGGAUAUGGCCCCAAUUGCUUUGCAAAGCAGUCCAAUUUCUUUUUCAACAUUCAAUCCAGUAUAUUGCACAAUCUCUGGAUGGGGACAAAUGAACAACGAUACACAGGAGCUACCGGAAAUAUUAAAAGCUGUAAAAAUUCCAUUGGUUAACUAUACAGAUUGUCGCCGCAAAUGGAGUCCAUAUACGGUUACAACAGCCAUGGCCUGUGCCGGAGAGCUUCGGCGGGAUUCUUGCAACGGCGAUAGCGGAGGCCCUCUGGUGUGCAAUAAUCGACUUUACGGCAUCGUAUCGUGGGGCGAUCGGUAUUGUGGAAGCACAUAUCCAGGGGUGUACACUAACAUUUCAGCAAAGGACGUGUAUAACUUCUUGGACCAAAACAUUAAAUGUCAAUAA